GCAGGGACCUCUUCGACGACGACUACGACCAGAGGGGCCAGGCGCUGCGCAAGUUGGUCUCGAAGAACAGCCAAGAAAUACGAGAUCUCAUGCAUCAGACGGGGGGCUUCUGGCUCGCGCCCGCAACGUCCAAGCCAUUCACAGCGGGGUUAGACGCGGGCAAAGAAUAUGGAAAUGCGGUACGAGCAGCAGGAAAAAAGCACGGGCUUGGAUCUCCGCACGCGCACGUGGCGACGGCGACGCUCAGGGCCCUCCACGACGAGAUAGACGGAGAACAAGGGAGCGCUCUGGAGAUCUCCAGCAAGCAGGUCAUCAGGGAGUUUGUGGAGGCCACCAAUCACUCGAAGGGCAACAUUCUCGUGGAGGAGAUGAUCCUCGCGUUCAAGGUCCAGGAGACGCACGAGCGCGAGGACUUGGACGCAGGCGACCGCCUGGGGAAGAUCUCCUUCACCUUGAACCCGACGCCGCGCCUGCAGGCGAAAUUGGCGACGCACGAGGUAUGGGGAACAGGCCAUGGAAGCAGUGAAGGUGCACGAGGUGCUCAAGCUGAAACGGCCAUCACGACCGGCUUGCAGUCCAUCAACGGCAAGAAAGCGACGGGCCCUGGCCCCAAGACUGCGCUGGAGAG